AUGAGAAGGAACUCAAGGUGGCCUCCAGGUCUCAAUCCGAUCGAGCAAGUCCGGACCGUGGAGGCUCCAGCUCACAACUUACAGGAAUUGCUGCAGAAGUCUGGGUGCCAGAUCCACAGCACACCUUCAGAGGUCUUGUGGAGUCGACGAGUCAGAGCUGUUCUGGUGGAACGAGGAGGAUUUAGACAAUAUUAUGCUGGAGAUCCCCCUACACGCCUGCAGAUCCCCCUACACGCCUGCAGAUCCCCCUACACGCCUGCAGAUCCCCCUACACGCCUGCAGAUCCGCCUGCAGAUCCCCCUACACGCCUGCAGAUCCCCCUACACGCCUGCAGAUCCGCCUGCAGAUCCCCCUACACGCCUGCAGAUCCCCCUACACGCCUGCAGAUCCGCCUGCAGAUCCCCCUACACGCCUGCAGACCCCCCUACUCGCCUGCAGACCCGCCUGCAGAUCCCCCUACACGCCUGCAGAUCCCCCUACACGCCUGCAGAUCCGCCUGCAGAUCCCCCUACACGCCAGCAGACCCCCCUACACGCCUGCAGAUCCGCCUGCAGAUCCCCCUACACGCCUGCAGAUCCCCCUACACGCCUGCAGAUCCCCCUACACGCCUGCAGAUCCCCCUACACGCCUGCAGAUCCCCCUACACGCCCCCUACACGCCUGCAGAUCCCCCUACAUCCCCCUACUCGCCUGCAGAUCCCCCUACACGCCUGCAGAUCCGCCUGCAGAUCCCCCUACACGCCUGCAGAUCCGCCUGCAGAUCCCCCUACACGCCUGCAGAUCCGCCUGCAGAUCCCCCUACACGCCUGCAGAUCCGCCUGCAGAUCCCCCUACACGCCUGCAGAUCCCCCUACAUCCCCCUACACGCCUGCAGAUCCCCCUACAUCCCCCUACACGCCUGCAGAUCCCCCUACAUCCCCCUACACGCCUGCAGAUCCCCCUACAUCCCCCUACACGCCUGCAGAUCCCCCUACAUCCCCCUACACGCCUGCAGAUCCCCCUACAUCCCCCUACACGCCUGCAGAUCCCCCUACAUCCCCCUACACGCCUGCAGAUCCCCCUACAUCCCCCUACACGCCUGCAGAUCCCCCUACAUCCCCCUACACGCCUGCAGAUCCCCCUACAUCCCCCUACACGCCUGCAGAUCCCCCUACAUCCCCCUACACGCCUGCAGAUCCCCCUACAUCCCCCUACACGCCUGCAGAUCCCCCUACAUCCCCCUACACGCCUGCAGAUCCCCCUACAUCCCCCUACACGCCUGCAGAUCCCCCUACAUCCCCCUACACGCCUGCAGAUCCCCCUACAUCCCCCUACACGCCUGCAGAUCCCCCUACAUCCCCCUACACGCCUGCAGAUCCCCCUACAUCCCCCUACACGCCUGCAGAUCCCCCUACAUCCCCCUACACGCCUGCAGAUCCCCCUACAUCCCCCUACACGCCUGCAGAUCCCCCUACAUCCCUCUACACGCCUGCAGAUCCCCCUAGAUCCCUCUACACGCCUGCAGAUCCCCAUACAUCCCCCUACACGCCUGCAGAUCCCCCUACAUCCCCCUACACGCCUGCAGAUCCCCCUACAUCCCCCUACACGCCUGCAGAUCCCCCUUCAUCCCCCUACACGCCUGCAGAUCCCCCUACAUCCCCCUACACGCCUGCAGAUCCCCCUACAUCCCCCUACACGCCUGCAGAUCCCCCUACAUCCCCCUACACGCCUGCAGAUCCCCCUACAUCCCCCUACACGCCUGCAGAUCCCCCUACAUCCCCCUACACGCCUGCAGAUCCCCCUACAUCCCCCUACACGCCUGCAGAUCCCCCUACAUCCCCCUACACGCCUGCAGAUCCCCCUACAUCCCCCUACACGCCUGCAGAUCCCCCUACAUCCCCCUACACGCCUGCAGAUCCCCCUACAUCCCCCUACACGCCUGCAGAUCCCCCUACAUCCCCCUACACGCCUGCAGAUCCCCCUACAUCCCCCUACACGCCUGCAGAUCCCCCUACAUCCCCCUACACGCCUGCAGAUCCCCCUACAUCCCCCUACACCCCUGCAGAUCCCCCUACAUCCCCCUACACGCCUGCCCAUCCCCCUACAUCCCCCUACACCCCUGCAGAUCCCCCUACAUCCCCCUACACGCCUGCAGAUCCCCCUACACGCCUGCAGAUCCCCCUACAUCCCUCUACACGCCUGCAGAUCCCCCUACAUCCCUCUACACGCCUGCAGAUCCCCCUACAUCCCUCUACACGCCUGCAGAUCCCCCUACAUCCCUCUACACACCUACAGAUCCCCCUACCUCCCUCUACACGCCCGCAGCUCCCCCUACACCCCUCUACACGCCUGCAGAUCCCCCUACAUCCCUCUACACGCCUGCAGAUCCCCCUACAUCCCUCUACACGCCUGCAGAUCCCCCUACAUCCCUCUACACGCCUGCAGAUCCCCAUACAUCCCUCUAUAUGCCUUUAUUUCUGUAUACGUCCGUAAAUCCCUGUACACCCCUCUAUACGCCUAUAUAUUUCCGUAUACGCCUGUACAUCACGCUAUACACCUGCACAUCCACAUGCAUCCCUCUAUACGCCUGUAG